CCGGUCGACGCGCCAGUGCACGCGUACGUUUAACUGUUAACUCCAAAAUGGCCGUCGCUGUCAACAAAGGCAUCUUCAUAGUCGCGGCGAAGAGGACCCCGUUCGGAAAAAUGGGGGGUCUGUUGAAAGACAUUCAUCCAUCCGACUUACUAGCAGUCGCCGCUAAGGAGUCUUUCAAGGCCGGAAAUGUUGCUCCUGCUUUGGUCGACACUGUCAACAUUGGACAGGUUUAUUCGCUAAGCGGAACAUCAGACGGUGGUUUAUCACCCCGUCACGCAGCCCUGAAAUCAGGCGUGCCACAAGAAAAACCUGCACUGGGCGUCAACAGAUUGUGUGGAUCAGGAUUCCAAGCUGUCAUUAACAGUGCCCAAGAUAUUUUAACAGGUACGGCUCAGAUUUCCUUAGCAGGUGGCACGGAGAACAUGUCAGCAGUUCCGUUUGUCGUCAGGAACACCCGUUUCGGAGUACCUCUGGGCGUGAAUAUUCCCUUCGAAGAUUCCCUCUCAGCGGGAUCUCUGGACACAUACUGCAACUACACUAUGCCUCAAACUGCUGAAAAUUUGGCUGAGAAAUACGAACUCAAAAGGGGAGAAGUUGAUCAGUUUUCGCUUCAAUCCCAGCAGAGAUGGAAAACAGCGCACGACAGCGGCGUCUUCAAGGCUGAGAUGGCCCCGGUUACAGUCAAAGUGAAAAGGCAAGAAGUACUGGUGGACAGAGACGAGCAUCCUAGACCGGAGACCAACACCGAAUCGCUAAGUAAAUUACCAGCGUUGUUCAGGAAGGGAGGAGUAGUGACGGCUGGAAAUUCCUCGGGCGUAAAUGAUGGUGCCGGUACUGUGAUUCUCGCCAGCGAAGAAGCUGUCAAGCAACACGGUCUGACUCCACUGGUUCGUCUCCUCGGCUGGUCGUUUGUUGGUGUGGACCCCAGCAUUAUGGGUAUAGGACCUGUUCCCGCCAUCAACAAUCUACUAUCCGCCACUGGGCUUAAACUUGGCGAUAUUGACUUGGUAGAGAUUAAUGAAGCGUUCGCCGCUCAGACUCUAGCUUGUAUUAAAGAGCUAAACUUAGACGAAAGUAAAUUAAAUGUGAACGGAGGGGCCAUCGCUAUGGGACAUCCUGUUGGCGCGUCUGGGGCCAGGAUCACAGCUCAUUUAGCUCAUGAGCUCAGACGUCGUGGUUUGAAGAGAGGUAUCGGCUCAGCAUGCAUUGGAGGAGGGCAAGGAAUCGCUUUGCUACUCGAAACUAUAUAACCUAGUCAAUUAGGUUAAGAUUUGUCUGGCAGAGAAGAGCUAUCUAACUUUAGCGAGCUCUGUCAGUGCGAUAUUGAUUGUAUGCAGCCAUGCCCAGCUUGAACUGAUAUGACGAAUUUACAAGCUCGUAUUCAAUGGCGAUUAUAUUUUUGUAUGUGUAAUAAUAAUUUAUAAAUGUA